UGUUGUUGGCGGCUCGGUCACGUGACCGCCUCCACCGCGCGGCGUCACGUGAUGUUUUGGAGCUGCUUCCGGGUCGAUGCGGGACGAGGCGGCCGGGCCUGGAAGUCCAAGAAGGGAGGAUGGACCAGCCCAGUGGAAGGAGUUUCAUGCAAGUUCUCUGUGAGAAAUACAGCCCCGAAAACUUCCCCUAUCGCCGCGGGCCUGGCAUGGGGGUGCACGUCCCAGCGACUCCACAGGGCUCACCCAUGAAAGAUCGCCUGAACCUCCCGAGCGUGCUGGUGCUGAACAGCUGUGGCAUCACCUGCGCCGGGGACGAGAACGAGAUCGCCGCCUUCUGCGCCCACGUCUUUGAGCUCGACCUCUCUGACAACAAACUGGAAGACUGGCACGAGGUCAGUAAAAUUGUGUCCAACGUUCCCCACUUGGAGUUUCUAAACUUGAGUUCCAACCCUCUCAGUUUGUCCGUUCUAGAGAGAAGUUGUGCUGGGUCCUUCGCCGGCGUUCGCAAACUUGUGCUCAACAACAGCAAAGCUUCCUGGGAAACAGUGCACACCAUCCUGCAGGAAUUACCUGACUUGGAGGAGCUCUUCCUGUGCCUUAAUGACUACGAAACAGUGUCUUGUUCUCCUGUUUGCUGCCAGUCUCUCAAACUGCUCCACAUAACUGACAAUAAUCUUCAAGACUGGACUGAAAUUCGAAAGUUGGGAAUUAUGUUUCCAUCCCUGGACACACUUAUUCUGGCUAACAACAACCUCACCACCAUUGAAGAGUCAGAAGAUUCCCUGGCAAGGCUGUUCCCCAACCUGAGAUCCAUCAACUUGCACAAAUCAGGUCUGCACUGCUGGGAAGACAUUGACAAGUUAAAUUCUUUUCCCAAGCUCGAGGAAGUGAAACUGCUGGGAAUUCCUUUGCUGCAGUCCUACACCACCGAGGAGCGCAGGAAGCUGCUAAUAGCCAGGUUGCCAUCCAUCAUCAAGCUCAACGGGAGCAUCGUUGCCGAUGGGGAGCGAGAGGACUCGGAGCGAUUCUUCAUCCGAUAUUACAUGGAGUUCCCGGAGGAGGAGGUGCCGUUCAGGUAUCACGAGCUGGUCACCAAGUACGGGAAGCUGGAGCCCUUGGCCGUGGUGGAUCUGCGGCCUCAGAGCAGCGCCAAGGUGGAGGUUCACUUCCAGGAUAAGGUGGAGGAGAUGUCCAUCCGCCUCGACCAGACUGUGGCAGAGCUGAAGAAGCACUUAAAAACUGUGGUGCAGCUGUCCACGAGCAACAUGCUGCUCUUCUACUUGGACCAGGAGGCUCCCUUCGGCCCCGAGGAGAUGAAGUACAGCUCCCGAGCGCUGCAUUCCUACGGCAUCCGGGAUGGGGAUAAAAUCUACGUGGAGCCCAGAAUGAAAUAACCUCUCUUGGCCACACACAUGCCCCCAGCACACCCACACACACAUGCAUUAAGGAGUUUUUGCAAGGUUUUUGUUUCGGUUGGUUGGUUGAGGUUUGGUUGUGUUUCUGUAGCAGGUGAUUUCUUAGCCCGGAGGAGGUGCCCUGACGUGAGAACCAAUGCCCACCAUCCACUGCAGGUGACCUUGAGGUGACAAUUGACUUCAGUAGGUGUGUUUCAGUGUGGGCAAUACCUUGAUGUUUCCUUUGAUGCUCCGGUAUACUCGUGAUUUGGCGUGAAUGGUCAGUUGUUCAAGCUAAGGAAUGCCAGGGUCCAUAAGGGAGACAACAGAUCGGUGCAGAAUUUGACCUGUUGUUUUCUUUUCCUAAGUUUUUGGUGUUUUGCUCCACCAGAGCUCCCUUUGGCCUCGCUACCCGACUGUGGCUCGAGCUUGCUGAAGUAUUUUCUUGCAGCUUGGUGCUGUCUCAACCUUUCGUUGUGCUCGAGUUCACAGACAAGAUCUCCAACAGUAUUUAUUCUGCUUGAUUCAGAGCUCAGGUACUUAGUGCAUCCACUUCACUCCGCUGGUUUGGUUUCUAGGAGUGCACAAAAUGGGGGAAAGAAAGAGAAUUUAGCAGAAAGAAGCUUUCUUUUCAGAACACACGCCCUGCAUCCACUUGUUUUGGGGGGGAAAAAAGGAAGUUUUGGUGGCUGUACCCGUCUCACACUGUGUCUGCAGCCUGUAGCACUGGCAGGCUGGGGGCAAAGGGACCCUUGGGCAUGCUGCAAAGUGGAUUUUGGAGUGUGGUGGGAUGGGUGUUGCGUUGCAAGGGCUUUUAGAGUAACAGGUCAGCGAGGGGUUGAAGAGCUUCCCCCACUGGCCGUCAUCCAUCCUGAUGCUGAAGAGAUCCUCCAUGCACUUAACCUUGGGCCAGCUGGUACUGAACGUGGAAUGGCUAAAAUUCCUCUCCAGGGAGGAGAGGAAGAGUGAAGUUGAAGUUUGUGUUUGUUGCUGUUGCACCAGAAUUCAAACCUUAGCACUUUCCCCGGGGCCCCUGGCUGGGGGUCCCUGCUUAGGGUCGGAGCCAGGACAGUGUGUCGGCUCGGACCAGUUCCUACAAGUUGAGUAACAAAGCAACCAGACUCAUGUUUGUUGUUCAGCAGGUUUUCACUAUUGGCUUCCCCCACCUUGUGCUGCUGCUUAAGUUAGCCCCUGUUUUCUGCUGCAGAGCAGAUUCCUGUUCAGUGAAAUCCUUCUUCCUUUCUAUCUCAUUUCCCUUCCCUGCGUCUUCCCUUGUUCCUCUGCUCCCUGACAAGUUGAAGACUUUUCAGAUUUCCUAGUUACAAGCAGCUGCAUAAAAGUUUUUGAAGCUGUGCAGUGAGGGCUCUAGUUACACAUGAACUCCUGACCUUAAUUUUGAAAUGCUCCCUUGUCCCCACGUGCACUUUCUUUCCCAUGAUGCUUCUGUCCACAUCACCAAGCUCCUUUGAUAUCCCUGGAGUUGUGUAUUUCUCUUCAUAUUUCACCUAGAAAGUGGGGUGGGAUAGGAUGGGGAGGGAGUGAAGUGUUAUCUCAUAGUCUUCAGGUUCAGGAUGUGGGGAUAGUUCAGAGGGGGGAGUAGUUCCUCAUCCAAAGUAAGCAUUAAAAACAGGAGGAUUUAAGACAAAUUAUUAAUGUGUGCCUCACCCCCCUGCCAAAAAAAUACCAAUUUCUUGGCCCCGUUGAGAUGAGCAAUAGGAAAGGGAGCAAGACUUUCCACAGGUAGCAUAGAGACCACAGCAUGCACCUGCAGGGCUGUGGUACCUGUAAAACUAAACAGCAGGGAGGUAGUGGCAGUGUAACAUAAAAUGAUGCUUUUAUAAGCUAGAGCUUUACUGAAGAUGUAUUUUCCUUUUUGGGCAGUGAAAGUAAUUUGCUGCCUUAUAGCAGAACUCUUAAGCCAACACUUUCUGUAUGAUAUAUAUACAUACCUACGAAUAGGAAAAGUUGUGGUUAAUAAGAUAUUUUGUUAUAAAGCAAAGUUUUAUGAAGAUAUGGUUGUUUAAUAUUAGAAGCCUAUUUCAGCCCUUGACCUCCAGUGUAAGUAGGUUGUCCCUGAGUCGCUGCAGUGUCCGAGGUAAGCGACCAAGAGGGAUGCAAAAGUAUCUCUGACCUAAUUCUGUAGAGCAGUGGUUGCCUCUGUGGGUGUAUUUAUGGCACUGUACCUGCUAUUAAUGAGAUGCUGUAGCUCUUGACCAGCUUCCUCAGCACAAUUAAGUGUCUCGGUUUCAGAGAAGGGAAUAAACAGAGACCAUUAAAGAGCUGAACGGGAUGAUAAAGAAAGACCCAAGGAUGUGCUUUUAAGUUUGUUUGCCCACUAAAAAUUGGCCUGUCCCUGGAGGGAAUGGUGCCAUCACUGCACCAGCUCAGAACUGUCAGUAAAUCCUGGUUUUAUGUGUGGCAGACCUGGUGGGAACUGGAAGAUGGGAAAGGAGAAGAGCUACUGACACACAAGGUCAGCAAGUGCUGGGGAUUUGGUGCUGACACCCAACCCAGCUCCCCUGGUCGGGCAGGUCAGAAGUCACAGUAUCGACAUCACCGCUUACUUUGCCACUUCUCCAGGGUAGGGUUUUUUUCUGGAUGAUGUUCUCAAGGCAUUCACCUUGUGUGCAGCUUGUGGGACGCUCGUGGGGUGGAAACCAAAGAUCUUGGUUGUCCUCCCGAGGAGAAGGAGUCCCAUCCAUAACCCAGAGGCAGUUUAUGUGUCCAGGUGAUCGGCUUCGGAAAGUAGGACCAAAAGGCACACAACUGAUGGGGGGGAAUACCCCAGAUCCCUUUCCUUUUGUAAUACCUGUUGGGAAAGGGGGUGUGUGCCAAGUUAGUGCUUAACAGGGGCCAUGUCUUGGGGGAGAGAGGAGAGGGCUCCGAGUGGGAGAGGAGGUUUGGGAUGCUGAGAAUCCCGCAGGGUCCUGACGUGGCAGGAGGUUUGAUUUAAACCCGUGCGGUGUCAGGAGGGGCUGUGCCCUGGUGAAAACAUCCCUGGCUCUGCCACAUUCCUUGGAGAAAAGCAAAAUAGAUGUGCAAGCUUCCCUAGCUUUUGUGUCCUUCUAUCUGAGGGCUACUUUUUGUCAAGAGCUGUUUUGCUGUUCCUGCUAGUUCAUGCAUUUAAAGCCUGCCCCGGGCAGUCUGCGCAGCGGGCAAGCCCCUGGCUCGCCGGGAAUUAGGUGACAGCUACAUACCAAAGUGUCACACGGCUCCGUGUGCCGAGAUUGGAUGCUGCGCUCUCGUGGGUUUUUUUUUUGGAUAACGUUGCUGUUGACUAUCGGUGUUUUGACCAGAUGUUUCAGGCGGAUCGCUUAAGGGUUGGGCGAUGUUAUGAAUAUUCAUUCAUGGCGUGCCGGCUGCCCCUCUGUUCUCCCGCUGGCGUUUGUAACGCGGUUUUUUUGGGAGCUGCACACAUCCUAGUGGCAGGUGAGAGCGUGGCCCAGGGUGGCUCGGAGGAGCUGCCCCUGGGGAGGGGCUCCCCAUGUGUCCUCGCCUCCUCGGGUCUGGAAUCUCUGGCACUGGCUCUGCCUUCCCGGUUGCCGUUGUCGCUUGUAAAUGAGAUUCUGUAGGUUCUGUUCGUGUGCAGAUUUGAAAAUGCAAACGAGGUGCUGGAAGCAGCCCAGAGGCUAAAAUAUGUAUUCCUGGCAGCUGUGCCUCCCUCGUUUGGAUGUGGCACUUCUGUAGAGAGACGCCUUCCCCAGAGCAGCGUUUGAGGGGCUUCAACCAUCUCGGGCCUUUGCCUCUGUGAUUGCUUUUCCUGCACUUACUGGAAAUUUCAAAUAUAAUUUAAACAUGAAGAUCUGUUCUUGCUCCCUGUUAAUGUUGCAUCCAUGUGUAAUUUCAAAGAAAAAGAACUGUAAGUCCAUCUCGUUUUUUAUCCUGGUUUCUCUCACGGGGGAUAUUCUUCCCGCUCCCAUGACUUGCCUUUGGUUUGCUCGCAGACUUAGCGGUGGAAUUCAGGCCAAAUGGGUAAUUGGUUUGGAUCAGU